AUGGCUCAUGUAGCUCCAGUCGAGAGGCCCAAAGCCAACUACGAGUGCAUCCACUGCUCCUCGCCCACACCCUCACUUUACAUCAAGUACUCCGACCCGUCGAAUACGUCGCUGGUGCAGUGCUCGACUUGCUCGAGAAUCGCCGACAUCUACCAAUCGUUCGACUUUCCGGUCCUGCUGCUCGACCUGCUACUCCUCAAACCUGAAGUGUACCGACAUCUCUUACGCAACCACGGCGGCACAAGUAGCUUGAAGCGAGUCCCGCAUCAGGCGAGGGAAAGUCUGCGGCUCGGAACGAUUGUCCUGGGUGCAGACGCUCUCGUUCGCUGUGUCGGCGCGCAGGCACACGACGAGUCGGACUCCCUGCUGCUCUACUUCCGCACUCUCGGGUACUGCCUGAUCGAAACGCUUUCGCUCCUGCUGUCUAUCGGCCUUGCAAGUCGCCUGGUAGCGCCUCAGAGCGUCAACGGGCACAACCUCGCCCUGAUUCCCCUCACAUCCUUCUACGCCUCGCUACCUACCAUCUUCUUCCUCGUCGUGUCCUCCGUCAUCUGGCGAGCCGAGUACUUGCCAGCCCCGACCAACGAUACACCGUCCUCCUUCCUGCUCGACAAGCUCGACACACUGUACGAGCAAGGGAAACGUCUUCCGACCUCAACCGGCAUUGACAGCCGACUCUCGACUAUCGCCUACCUCACGAGCUUCAGCCGGGCGAAUCUUCGCAGCGGAUUGGCGCAGGUCGGCGAGGCGAGAGGAUGGGCGAGCGAAGCGCUUCUGCGGAAAGGCAUCGGCGGGACAAGCGCGCUCGUAGCAUUUUCUGGUGCGUGGGACGACUCGCGACUGACUCACGCCGGCAGCUUACUUCACGCGCGCGCAGUCCUGCUUCGCUGCUCGAAACGCCGAGCAGCAAUGGUCCUGCUGCUCGCGUGGCUUCUUCAUCUCGUCCUACUGCAUGCAGUAGACCCGCUCUUGUUGUAA